AUGUACCGCCCCGACCACAGUCUCUUUGAUGUGCUGACGAGCCUGUUCAAGCGCUCUGUGAACGGACGGCAUUGCUCCGGCAUCGGUCGGGUGCCCGCACAGGAGGCGCCUGCCAAAAAGCGCAAAGGCAGUGAGGCGCCGUGGAUUCCGCGAGAUAGGACACAGGAAGCAGCUGCCGCCGGAGAUUCGCAAGGAGAUCUAGAUGGGGGUCCCAGACACGCUUGUUGGUCCGCUACAUGCCUUGGAUCCGUCGAGCUGGACAUCAAGAACUCGUUCUUCCAGCUCUUGAACCGACAGAAGCCGCUGCCGCCCAUCAUGGCGGAGUACCUGGACCACCGUGAGGAGAAGCUCGCGCAGACCGUGCUCUUCCACAAGCUGCCCAAGGCCCGCCGGCGCAGCGUGGCGAAGGAGCUGAUGAUUGCCCUGGGUUUGGGGGUGCUGCAGGACAUACCCUUGGCUUCGGUUGAGGGGGAGCGCGGCGAGGUGGCUGCUUGGCUCUACGGCUUCGAGACGGCGCGCCUCGAGGUCCGCCAUCUGCGGGCCAGAACGGACGAGGACAGACCGGUGAAGAAGGCGUUAUCGUUGAGGGCGGCGGCGGUACGUAGUUCUCAUCUGGUGGCGUUGAAGGCCCUGCCCGCUGCCGCCAUCUUCUCCAUCUGCAACCUCUCGUGGUGGGCGUACAGGGCAAAGGCCCCCGAGGCA